AGACGCGCGGGCGUGGCCGCGCGAGGGUGCGAGGGUGCGAGGGUGCGUGCGUGCGAUCGGCUCGUGGAGCGUGCGGUCAGCUCGUGUCAGCGCGCGACGUGCGCGCGUCGUCGCUCCGUCGUACGCGGGCGUAUCGGAGUCGAUGAUACCAUCGGCGACGGCCUAGGCGACGGCGGAUGUACGGUGAACGUCAAUCCGGCUCGGCUGACUACGCCAUCAGGCUGCCACCAGCGAGAGGGGAGGAGGUCUGUCUCGCGUGCCAGCACACAUCAAUGGUUCAGCUGGGAUGCCGGCCAUGGAAUCUCAGUUUGACGAGCGUGAUCAUCCUGGCGCUGUCGAACAUGCUGCUGACAUUUCUGCUGCUGCAAUCGGAGACUUGCGCGCCGGAAACGAUCCCACGGGAAGUGGAGGUGAGCGCCGUCACCGACUGGAAUCUCGGCACCCUCGUCAAGCACGAGCAACAGUCGGAAUGCAUCACGCAGGAUUACCAGCCCACGUCACCUGACGCUAACAGUCUCAAGCUGGACAUUAAGCUCGGCAGAUGGGACGCCCGGCGGAUAUUCCGGACGUUCGACUCUGUGCUGGUCGGCAGCAGAUUUACAGAGCUCUCGCAAACUUACCGGGUGUGCCUGGCCACCCAGAGCUCCGUGGAGAAGCUACACUCGCUGGUACAGGUCGCCCUCCACUGGACCGGACCGAUGUCCGUGGCGCUCUAUGCCGCCGGUGACGAGGAAUUCGAGGUGCUGCAGCGUUACCUGGUGUACCUGAGGAGGUGCUACGAGUCCAUCCGAGAGAGAGUCAUCUUCUCUUUGGCGGUACCGAAGAUGCGAACGCCCAGGAAGCAGCCGCGCGUCUUCGAGCUGCCGGACAUCGUCGAUUGUGCCAAACCGGAGGCCACCCUCAACGAGCUCAUGACCCGCGUGUCCAGCGAGCAGACCAAUUGGCGGAUACGGAACGUAUAUCCGCAGAACCACAUGCGGAACCUAGCGCGCAAAAACUGCCAGACGGACUACGUGUUUCUAACGGAUGUCGACAUCGUGCCGAGCUUCAAUCUGACGGCCGUGCUCGACGAGUUUCUCAGAAACGACAACUGUGAUAAGUGCGCCUACGUAAUACCCACGUACGAGUUGGACACGCGCGUGAGAUUUCCCCAAAAUAAGACGGAGUUGAUCAGGCUCGCCAGGAAAGGCUUGGCCAGACCCUUCCACCAGAAAGUCUUCAUACACAAUCAGUUUGCCACGAAUUUUACAAGGUGGCUGCAGGACGUAUCACCGAAUCAUAUACAUCAUGAAAACGUAAAGACGGGUAGGGUCUACGUUAGUCACGACGUGACGAAUUUCGAAUUCCUUUAUGAGCCGUUUUACGUGGCAAGGGAUAUCGCGCCGCCCCACGAUGAGAGGUUUAUGGGAUACGGAUAUACGAGGAAUACCCAGGUUUACGAGAUGUACGUGACGGGUUAUCAGUUCAAGGUGCUAUCGCCGGUAUUUACGGGCCACUGGGGACUGCAGACCAGGAAGACCAGGCCCGCUUGGCGCGAGCGUCAAAACAGUGCCAACAGGAAGCAAUUCGAGACGUUCAAGAAGGAAGUGUUCGCGCGUUACAUGCGAGAUCCGUUGAAGAUGAUGAAGAACGCUAACUGACAAAAGGCUCAUCGAGGGUCUCGUUGACUCGAGGCUCCUCCCGUUCACGUUCGUCCUUAGGCUCAACAUCGAGGAAACCAGAGUAGAAUUAGGCCUCUGACUACUGUCAGUGCUCACCACGUAACGUAGUUAAUAGAGAUGUUUCACAAUGAUCGAACAAGUCAACGAAGUAUUCGCCCUCUGACGCGUUUCCUUUUUAUCCUGUACAUAGACAUAGUAAAUAUAGACCGAACGUCCCACUGAAUAACCUGAAGCUUGUGAACAGAGAAGAUUUAAGAUUUUCUUCCUCUGUCUCACCAUCGUGACAAGGGAGAAUCACGCCUGCG